CGCCCGGCGCGGGAGGAGCGGCCGGGCCGUGCCGCGCCUGCGCCGCAGCGCCGGGGAAGUGCGCGCGCGGUGUGCGCAGCUGCCGCCGCUGCGUGGGGCCGCAGAUGGAGCCUGCCCCCGGCGCCGCAGAAAAUGCUAAGCUGAGACAUGUAGAAAAAGAUGUUUUGAUUCCACAAAUAAUGAGGGAUCGAGCCAAGGAGCUGUGUUCAGAUAAGGUGCAAGCAUUUACUAAAUGCUGUCAAGAAACUGGUGUUCUGAUGGUGGUGAAGUGUCGGCAGGAGAACACAGCCCUGAAGGACUGUCUGGUUGGCUACUAUUCUGAUCCAUCAUUCUAUGAAGAAUGCAAAGCAGAAUAUUUGAAGCAAAGAGAAGAAUACAGAGCAACUGGAAUUAAGAAAAAAAGACAGAAGUUUACUCCAAAUGUGUGAUUAAAACUUAAAAUGAACUUUUUUUAUAUGCAAUUUGGAUUUCACUUGAUUUAAACAGACUUAAAUUGUCUGUACCACUCUGUGUGGAGUUAACUGAAAUACACAAAAUGAGAUGAAUAGAGAAUAAAAUAAUGUCUGAAAUUAAGAGUCAACUUUAAAACUUUUCAUAAUUAAAGAUCUAGAGCAUGCUGUCAGUUCGCAGGAGAGGUUGCAAAGGUGUGUUCCUCUGUCUGGACCUCAGAUUUUGUUACCAGUGUACAAUUUGGAGUUUACAAUUCCAGCAUGUCCAUUUGGAGUUCAAAGCCUAUAUCUAGCUACAUGAGCCAGGCUACAUAAAAACUUAGGGGUGAAUAAUUUAAGUUGUACUAACUGAUCACAGAUUGGGUACACACUGAAGUUGGUCUGUUAGUUGCCACCUGAAGCUGACUGUGUAUGGAGAUGCCCUUACUAGAAGAGAAGGGUGGCAAAUGCAGAAGAGCUACUCAGACCAAUGUGAAUUACCCUUUUCAUCAAAAUGUUGUCAGAUGAGAGCCUGGCACGAGUUGUGUCUGCACUGUAACUCAUUUUUAAGUCUACACUGUGACUCACUUUCCAGCCUACACUGUCAGAAGGGAUGGAUGCCUUGCAUGGUCAGUCUGACCAUUUCAACUCUAGGGGAGAAAGUAAUCUCAUCCAGACCUUCCCUAAGAACAGGGAGUAAGCUGCCAUGCUUCAGGAGUGAGUGAGUGACCACACUUGCAAAAUUGUUCCAGGCAGAGGUGAGUAAACAACUAAACCAGGCACAGAAGAUGCAGAUCACCUUGCAGGAACUAAGCAGGUCCCUAAUUUAAAAAGAGCACACAAACAAUCUUUUGUGUACUGAUACUUGAAGCUGCUUAAUUGUGGUUAAUUAAAUUAUUAAGAAAUUAAUUGUAAUUGCUUAAAUGGCUUCACUUAGUUUCUAAAACUUGAUAUUAGUAUCUCUAUCUUGAAGUAUUGUCUAAACAUUCUGAACUAAAACUAAAUUCUUUAAAAGCACGGAAAGGCUGCACUUAAACUUGGUAAGUUUAAUGCCCUGCUUGAAGAAGAAAAAAAAGUCAUUUUCUGUGUGAGGAGUAGGAUUUGAUACUGUUCCAUUAGAAGAAGCAACAUUUUACUUGUUCCUUUUAAUACUGUUUCACCACAAACAGUAUUCUGCUAUCCAACUCUGACACGUGUAUGAAGGACUUCACGCUGCAGGUUAGCCAUUGCCCUUUAUUCUGUGCCUGCUACUGGAAUAAUCAUUUAUAAUGUGCCUGCAGUAAAUUGGGUGGAGGACUGGACUUGUGAGUGGCAAACUGAAAAGAUGUGUAUAAUUCUGCCUUGUUAGGCAAACUUAAAUGGCACGCAGCUUUAAAAGUAGCCACCUUGAAACAGCUUAUGUGGAACAGUGUCCUACACCUGUUCUUGGCUUCUUAUCUCAAGCAUUUUGGAAAACAAAAUAUUCCUAAUUAGUUGUUUUGCUGUAUGUAUUUUUAAAAUAUAUGGUGACACAUGUUUUUAAUGACAAUUACUGUUCUUUUGUUCCACUAUGAAAAUCUGCUAUAUUUUCAAGCUCUGGAAAGCCAGCCUGGGUGUUGGGAAGUGCUGGCAAAAGCCUUUCCCCAGAGGAUUGGGGUGGGAGUGAGCAGUCUCUUAGGGGCAGCAGUGGCUGCUGCCAGUGGUGCGUGCCUGCACUGAGGGCUCACCUGGGUCAUGCUCAGCUGUGACUCUGGUCUAAAUCAGGCAAAAGCACCAGCAACAGAGGUCUCCUUUUCUGGCUCAGCAGAAAUUGUGUGCAGCGGGUGAAGGGGAGCCCCAGUUCAGUGACCAGAAAAGCAGAGGAGGAAUGGAACAAAGCUGAGGUGAACCUGCAGGUAUCGUUCCCCACCCUUCAAUACAGGCCACAUGUGAACAGCAGCCACAGCUCACACCUGCACUGAUGUCACAGCUGAAAUUCCAUGUACUGAAUGGUACUGUCAGCAAUUUAUUUCUCUUUUCCUACAUCUGGAUGACUGGAGCUCCUCUGUUUACUCUGUUAUGCACUCAAAGCAGGGAUUGCUCCUUGCAUCAUGCAUCAGCUUCCUCUAUAACAUACCUCUGGCCUUAAUGUGAUGUUCCCUAGUUUUGAAAUCUUGGUUUCACACUUUCCAUUUUCUUAGUACCUUGUGCAUAUCCUGUACUUGAAUUGCAUUUACAUCUUUUAUUUAAAGUUUAAAUGAAAGAAUGAGUACCAUGACAUGACAAACUCAUACCACUGAAUUACUUUCGGUUUUGGUUUUGUCUCAGCCAUAAACUUCCUACUCAGGUUUACUGGAGGCAGCCCUGGAUUCUAAUCAGUGUAAUAAAACACAGCACAGGGGCCUCUCUGUCCUCUUCAGAGCACUUGGCAGGCAUCCAAGACACCCCUGUUUUUCACUGGAGGCUGCACUCUCUGGCUGUAUCAAAGGUCUCUUCAAAAUAUUGAGGGGAGCCCCCUACAAAUGGAAGAUAUGAGAGGAAAGAGAGAGAAGGUGUCAUGUACAAAUUUAAAAGUUUGCCUUCAGAGUAAAACCCAAACUUGGAGGGAAAAUGAGGGGCAGUUUGUAAUGCACAGGGUUUUUAAAAGGCAGUGCAACAGCCACUGCAGUCUGAGACAUCACCCAGAAAUUAACCUGCAAGCCAGAAAUCCAUUCUGCUUCACAUUUAGUACAGCCACGCUCCUCCUCAGGUAAUUCUUGCAAGUAAUUCCUCCAGCCUGUUUGCUCUGUUGAUCAAAAAGUGGUCAAAUACACUUGCAAUGUAAGUGUUCCACCUAGUUAAAAAUUGGGUCAGUAACAGUAAGCACCUGGGUAUUUCUUCCAUGCUUCUUCCUAGAUCAGCCAUACUCAAACAUGAUCAUCUUACCACUUUAAUUAUUGUAUCUUAAUGUUUGACUUGCUCUCUUCCAUCUUAAAAUACAAUUAAAUUCAUUUUGCUGGACAGGUACCACACAGGGUGGCUUUUUUUAAUAGUCCAACUGCAACUCAGUUAAAAUUAGUUGUACCUUUACUGCUGGUCAUAAAAAAAUAAAAUGCUUUCAUCAACUGCCUUAUGUUCAUACAAUUGCAAGUAGUAACACCAGUCUCCCUAAAGAAAGGGUCAAAAGCCUGGAAAAAAACCCCAAAAAAUAAUAAAACUGAAAAAAAAAAUCAAAACUCCCACAUGCCCUUUUUUACACUCAAUCUACACAGAGAAUGAGGGAAAUACCUUACACCUCUGUCACCACUGUCCUUCGCAGGGCCUGGCUGGAGAUCAGAAGACAACAAAGGUGUCAGUCAGGUAGCAGAGCUCUUCACUCUUCCUUUACCAGCCCACAGCAUCAUUAAAGCACAGGAGUGGCAAAUUCUGCUGCAAGUUGGUUUUGGAAGAAAAUUCAAUCUGCUUUAUCCCACAAGUAUAGUUCAUGUAAUACUUACAGAGGCCUGUGUUUCAUUACUUGGAAUGGGUGUUGUUUUACUGUAACUCCACCAUAUGUCUUGUGCUGCUCUUGUCUUUUACCAGCUGUAAAAAUUGGACAAUGCAUCACAGCUAAUUUGGGGGCCUGCUUUCUUCAAUAAUGGCUGGUUCACAUGUAAGGAAAACUGAUCAGCUGGACACCACUAAACUGGCAGGGAAACUUAAAACUAUCAGAUUUUUAAAAUACUUAAAAUUGACCAAACAGUGCAAGUUUACAUGUAAGUUAUUAGAAGGUUCAUCCAACUCACCAAAUAUACAAUCAUCAGGUUGCCAUUUGAUCAUUUAAAUGUGCAAAGCAACAACCUCUUCCUGUCCCAAAAACUUUCAUUUCUGUUAAAUGGAGACAGUGCUUUCUUCAAUUAAAAUUUGUCAAAUUAGUGGAGGUUUUAAAAUGUUCAAAUUUUGCAUUCAAGUUAAAAUUUUCUUGGGGUCAUUUAACAUAAUUAUUUGAGAACUUUGGUCCUUACUAUACACAAUUUUACAGUUUUAUGUAACACAUGCAUACUAACACCAGAACCCCGUUAUUACAGCUACUUCUCCAUGUAAUUUUCUGUCACUGAUGAAAAGAUUUCACUUCUGAAAAUGGAAAAAGCACCGUAAGCCACUAGUGGCAUGGAUUUAAAUGACUUUUCCAUCUUCAGUCAAAAUCUGAUAGUAAGCUUCAGACCCAACAGAUGCCUCACAAGCCAGCAAGCUCCCAGGUGACUCCAAAUCUGGGGACUUCCUUUUCAAAUGUUACAGCUUGGACAUGGCAGUGAGUGAUUGGAUUGGAAAUGCUGCCUGCAGCAAACUCUCUGGCAUCAGUCCCUUUUCUCCCCAGUUAGCAGCAGCACUUCUGAAGUCCCUCUCAUCACACAUUGCUGCUCCCUUCUCCACCCUGGGAAGGAGCACAGAAUAUAAACCAAGGGUCAAAUGCAAAACCUGGAAAUUCUCAGGCUCUGCACAGAAAAUCUUAAUUUUAAUUUCAUACAGGACAGGGCAGGCUGACUGGGGACCUUUUUACACAAGUAGUCAAAGGUAACAAUCCUUCAGAUUUCAACAUCCAGGAGGAUACUUCUCCCAAAAGAUGCUGAAGCAGGCUAUAGCAGAUGGCUGAUUUUUUUCCUUGAGUCAAAGUGAUGAACCUCAAAUCUAAUUGUUUGUAUUUGGAAUAACAUUCAUACACAAUAAAGGAAUUAAAACUUCAGCAAAAAAUUUUGUGCCAAAUACGGAAAGGAGAUUUGUUACUGAAACCAAUUUCAAACAAAAAUAAAUUUAUUUAAUAUCUUACAGAGUAGAAUUCCUUCAUUGCACAAAUCAUAUUAAUGCCUGUUGAAUAUUACAUUCCUUAAUAAAAAACCUCUGUAAUAUUGAGGUGGGGGACCCCAAAAGUAAACUACAUUAGAACUAGGUACCAUAUAGCUUAUGCAGCCACAUGAGAAAUGCUUGCUUUGUUAUUACAUAGGUAGUUGGUUCUAUCAGCUAAAGCCUAGUGACUUGGAUUUGUUUUAUGCAUAUUGGAUUUUGUUCUAUUACUUUCCAAGAGAUUGUACUCCCCUGAGUCAGCUGUGUUCAUUGGUCAGAAUAAAUUCCAGCAUCUGACACCAUUUCCAUUAAUCACAGACAAGCCAGUAGACGUGAGCAAGAUAAUAGAAAGAUAAAAACAAUAUCUGGUGAAUGGGAAACACUGUUUAUGUAUGCUGUUUGUACUACAGGAGAAGGUAUCUGGAAGGCAUUGUUUUUGCCUUUGAUAGACAAAGUGAAAGAUGGGCUCUGCCUGAAGUACUUACUGUGCAGGGGAGAGUGUCUGGAACCACACAGGUCACGUUGCAGCCUCGUAACACUUCUACAGCCCAUCAUUACCAUGGCUGUGCUACAGCCAGAGCUUCCCCAUGUAUCUGCAAGCCAUCUUAAGAUAAUUAGCUACUAAACAGCUGUAAAAUUAAUUUUUAUUACUUUGAUGGUAAGCUGGAUCUGUGAAACUGAAUACUUCACCCACCCACACAUUUGUAAAUAGCAUAUUCAGUAUUCAAUAUCUUCCUGCCCAUUAAAAGUUAGGUAUCAUGGAUGUAAAAUACAAUGCAUUUUUCUUCAACUUUUCGAGCAGUCAAGACAUUUCACUUAACCCUGUUGUAUUAAGCCAGAUAUGAAGCAGAGAAGUUUACAAAAAAAAAAAAGCAUAAA